CGCAGCGCCUCCAGCGGCCAGGGCGCGGGUGCAAAGAGGCGGCCCCGCGGAGCACGGAGAGGGGAUCCCGCGCAUCCCGGAGGAAGAACCGUCUGCCUUGACUUGCUUUCCUAACAACUUCGGAAAAUGUUCCUAGUCAAAAACUUCCUUGGUGGAGGCGGAGGCGGAGGCGGAAACAUCAACAUUGGCAAUGUCAUCGGGGGACUUCUGAGCGGUGGAGGGGGCGGCGGCGGCGGCGGCGGCGGGGGCGGCGGUGCUAUGGGCAUCUUGGGGGGCGUCAUCAGCGCCAUCAGUGAAGCAGCAGCUCAGUAUAAUCCCGAUCCUCCGCCUCCGCGCAGCCACUUCUCCAACAUCGAGGCCAACGAGAGCGAGGAAGUGCGGCAGUUCCGGCGGCUUUUCACCCAGCUGGCAGGAGAUGAUAUGGAAGUGAGCGCCACGGAGCUGAUGAACAUCCUCAACAAGGUGGUCACCCGACACCAAGACCUGAAGACGGAUGGCUUUGGAAUCGACACCUGUCGGAGCAUGGUGGCUGUCAUGGACAGCGACACGACUGGCAAACUGGGCUUUGAGGAGUUCAAAUAUCUCUGGAACAAUAUCAAGAAAUGGCAGUGUAUCUACAAGCAGUACGACAUGGACCAGUCGGGGACCAUCGGCCGCAACGAGCUCCCGGGAGCCUUCCAGGCAGCAGGCUUCCAGCUCAACGAGCAGCUGUACGGCAUGCUGGUGCGGAGGUACUCGGACGAGAACGGCAACAUGGAUUUCGACAACUUCAUCAGCUGCCUGGUUCGCCUGGACGCCAUGUUCCGUGCCUUCAAAUCUCUGGACAGGGAUGGCAGCGGGCAGAUCCGUGUGACCCUGAAGGAGUGGCUGCAGCUCACCAUGUACUCCUAAGGACCAGACUUCCACCGAGAUCACGCCUCCUCUGACAUCACUGAGCCUGUCCUGGAAUGGGUUAAAAUUUGAUUUGCACCCUUCCCUUCAAUGCGGGAUAGCCUAAGAAAUGAUAUUGGCUUUCACUCCUGACUCUUGUUCUAAAGCGAAAAAGAACCCUUUUCUUAUUAUUCUGUGUUGCUUUUUAAUCCGUAUUGCAGAUAAGGAAAACAGUAUUUAGUUUAGCCAUUCUGAUUCGUUUCCUGAAACUAACUUUCACUAGGAACAGCUGCUGGUCUUGUGAGAAGGCUCGCAGCUUGGCGUGCGCUUUCUUUUCCAAGUCGGCUCGGAUUCGCACGCUAGCAGGCCGGUUCUGCUUUUCCGCAAGCAUCAGCGGCGGAGCAACUGCCUGGCUUUCAGGUGAGGCGCUGCCCACGCAAGCCGUCCCCAGCAGCACCUCGCUUGCUUCGGGGACUCACUGUCCCCCAAGUGUGCGAUUAGGGGCCGGCCGCUAUUUUAAUUUUGCAUAUUAGAUUAGGCCAGGGCCGAAGAGAUGAGAACCUCGGAUGGACCUGCGAGCAGUUCGCACCUGCCGAACGAGAGAAGCCCCAGCCUCCCAUUUUCAAAACUGGACAGCUGAAUCCUUGAUCACUCCGCAUGGAUGCAAACUUAAAAAGCAAUAGGCUACGGGCUGGGAAGGACCUCCUGAAGCUAUUUAAAUAAUGCUUGUUAUAGAGGUGUGUACCUUCUGUCCUGUCCUUAAGUUCUAGAAGCAACUGGUAUAGUCCUGCCCAAGGGCAAUGUAUGCUUUCUAUAAUAGUAGCUGAAGCCAGUCAACCGAAGUACUUAGCUCUUUGGCACUCUAGGAAAAAAUUCCCUUAUUGCAAAUUGGAUGAACGCUCAUCAGACCCAUGAACCGCCGAUACUUCCGUGUUGCAUGCGAUUUUGCCACGCGUGCGUUUUGAAGGAAUAAAGCCUAGCAAGGCUGCUGGGUCGAUCUAUUUUGCUUUGAAGGAGAAACCUUUUGGCAAGUGCCAGCAUUUCCGAAAACGUGUCCAAAAUGAGUUGCCCGGGUCCCGGAGCUGCUCUUUCCCCAUUUUGAUCCUGGGCUCAGCGGAAGAGGCUGCCUGCGAAGGUCGGAAAUUGUGGACGGAGACUCGCUCGCAGCCUCCCGGGUCAUACGGCUUGAAACGGGAAAACAAGAAUGCUCUUAAGGGAGGGGAAAUUAUGUUUUGGCAGUGAUGAAUUUCAAAACGUGGGCACUUUCCAUUUUGAGUCCAGUGUUUUCAAACACAGAUUUUGGAACUGAUGGUUCUAAUAAAAUAUUUUUAUGCCUGCCCACCUGGAAA